ACCAAAAUCACUCACCAAGCCAGGUGAGGAUUCAGACUCACUGUUACUUCCCUCUUCCCUCACCUUCCUCCAUGGCUGGGAUCACCAGCACUUUCCCCUUCAAGCUCAUCCACACCAGAACCUCUACAACCUCACCCUAUCUUCUCCCUCCUCUCUCUUCCUCUGAUUCUAAAGUCUUUGGCUUUCGUCUCCCUAGUUCCAAUUCCCUCAGGCUUGAUCCUCCUCCUGUUACUUUUUCCUUUGCCCCCGUCACCGCUCGUUAUGGUGGCGGUGAUUCUAGGAGGUACCGAAAUGACUCCGACGACGAGCAAGUCCUUGACGUGAAUAAUAUUAGGUCAAACACUGUGAGGCUUAUUGAUGAGAAUCAGAAUAUGGUUGGUGUAGUGUCGACGAGUCAAGCCAUUCAAAUGGCUGAAGAUGCCGAACUUGACUUGAUAAUAGUAUCCCCAGAUGCAGAUCCCCCAGUUGUUAGAAUAAUAGAUUACAAUAAAUAUAGAUACGAGCAACAAAAGAAAAAAAGAGGCCAGCAGAAGAAAAGUGCUGCUAGUCGAAUGGAUUUGAAGGAGCUCAAAAUGGGAUACAACAUAGAUCAACAUGAUUAUUCUGUCCGCUUGAAAGCUGCACAGAAGUUUUUGAAAGAUGGGGACAAGGUUAAGGUCAUAGUAAACCUCAAGGGCCGUGAAAAUGAAUUUAGGAAUAUUGCUAUUGAGCUUAUUAGACGCUUUCAGAAUGAUGUUGGAGAGCUUGCGGCAGAGGAAUCUAAAAACUUCCGUGACAGAAACAUCUCCAUAGUUUUGGUUCCAAAUAAAGCUGUUCUACAGAAAGCACAAGAACCACCGAAGAAAAAAGACAAAUCAGCAGCAGAUGAAGUCUCUGCUAGUGUCCAAGCUUAGCCGAUAACGUUGAAGCAAAUUUCUUAUGAUGGUAGAAUUGGUUGUUGGUAACUUGUAUUCUUCUAGGCUGGGAUCUCUCAUCUGUGAGUGCUGUAUAGAUACUUAUAAUUUCUUUACAAUAGUAUCUAUGUAGAAUUUUGAAAUGAUAGACGCAGCCUUAUCCCGUUUGAAAUUUUAAGUUGCUGAAAGGAUCCCACUAACCAAGGUUGUCAAAAGUCACAACAGUGAUACAUGGCUAAUAGCCAA